UAGAGUCCAACAGGGCAUCGGAGGAGGAGGUGUUCCUGGCAGCCAUCUUGGAUGUGCGGAGUGAUUGUUUAAGCGAGAAGAAUUGGCAUUUUAUUUUUUAGAAAAAGAGCCUUUAUACUGAAUCGUUGAAGAACUGCCGGAGCGGGGCGACUGAGGAAAGACAUCGCAGCUCGGAAAAAUCCAGUGAAAGAAGGCAUGAAGACAUCAUCCUAGUCAUCAGCCAUGGCCGAUAAAAGGAAACUUCAAGGUGAAAUAGAUCGAUGUCUGAAAAAAGUAGCGGAAGGAGUGGAACAGUUUGAAGACAUAUGGCAAAAGCUUCACAAUGCAGCUAACGCAAACCAGAAGGAGAAAUAUGAAGCAGACCUCAAAAAAGAGAUUAAAAAGCUACAGCGUCUUCGAGACCAGAUCAAGACGUGGGUUGCAUCCAACGAGAUCAAAGAUAAAAGGCAGCUAGUAGAGAACCGCAAACUCAUAGAAACGCAAAUGGAGCGGUUCAAAAUAGUGGAGAGAGAAACCAAGACGAAAGCGUACUCUAAAGAAGGGUUGGGUCUGGCCCAAAAGGUGGACCCGGCCCAGAAAGAGAAGGAGGAGGUCGGCACGUGGCUAACGAAUACGAUAGACACGUUGAACAUGCAGGUGGACCAGUUCGAGAGCGAAGUGGAGUCUCUUUCAGUCCAGACGAGGAAAAAGAAAGGAGACAAAGAGAAUCAGGACCGGAUUGAGGAGCUGAAGAAGUUCAUUGAAAAGCAUCGAUACCACAUCCGGAUGCUGGAGACGAUACUGAGGAUGCUGGACAACGACUCAAUUCAGGUGGACGCCAUCAGGAAGAUCAAGGACGAUGUGGAGUAUUAUCUAGACUCGUCGCAGGAUCCAGACUUUGAGGAGAACGAGUUCCUGUACGACGACCUGGACCUGGACGACAUCCCUCAGACGCUGGUCGCCACCUCCCCGCCGGGAAACUCGCAACUGGAGGACGAGAUCUUCCAGCACUCCAGCAGCACACCCACCUCCACCACCUCGUCUUCACCCAUUCCCCCCUCGCCUGCCACUUGCACUACGGAGAACUCAGAAGAUGACAAGAAGAGGGGACGUUCAACAGACAGUGAAGUCAGUCAGUCACCUGUGAAGAACGGAAACCCCUCUUCCUCGUUAUCCUCUUCCUCCUCCUCCUCCUCUUCCUCAUCCUCCUCCUCCUGCUCUUCUUCCUCCGUCUCGGGACUGACCUCAUCCUCACUUGUCUCUAUGGCGACCAUCACUGGGAGCGGACUCAGCGGCUCCGGGGCCAACAGUCACCACAGCGGCUUGGGGGGUCUCCUCUCCAACACUUCCGCCGGCAGCUACAGCAACGCCACCCAGCAGCAGCCGCACCCGUCAGCGCAGCAACAGCAGGUCAAACACCUAGUUAGCUCCCCGUCCUCCGCUCCCAUCUCCAUCCCCAUCCCUAUCUCCUCCAACAACAGCCACCUGGUGUCCUCUGCGUCUUCUCCCCCCAACGCCAUCACGCAGGGGCUCUUCACUUCAAACUCCCAGUCCCAGUCUCUGUCGGGGCCCCCGCCUACCUCCAACAGCCUCGGCCUCAGCCUGGGCCUCUCGCUGGGGAAAGGCGGCAUGUCCGGCGGCAUGUCUGGUGGCAUGUCCGGCGGCAUGUCCGGCGGCAUGUCCGGCUCCAUGGCGACCAGCCCGAUGUCCGGGAGCCUCGGCCUGUCAGGGAUGCCGGCAUCCCUGAGCUCCAUGGCGAGCCUCCUGUCCGGCUCCACCCCGGCACCCUACGCUCAGGCCGCCGCCUCAGGAGCGAUCGGCUCCGGCCUACCGGGCUCCCUGGGCGGCAUCGGCAUCAGCCCCGUGACUACCAACAGCGCAGUGGGCUCCAUCGGCAGUGGAAGCAUCACAGUCGGCGGGCCGACGUCCUCGACGGGAGGUCUGCUGGGCCCAGCGCCGGGGUUGCCCAGCGUCGGCUCUGGGAUGCUGGGUUUGGGUUCUGGUCAGUCGGGGAUGCAGGGCUCCUCCCUGGUGUCACUGAGCCCAGUAGGAGGUUUAGCGCCGGGCAGCGGAGUGGGAGUCAUCGGGAGCAACGGGGGCAGCUCGGGAUCAGCAGGGAGCGGCGUGGUGGGAGGAAACAUGUCGCUCUCCGUCAGGUCGCCGAGCCAGCAGAAGCAGAAUGGUAGCACUAGUGAGUAUCAAUGUUACAGCGCUGUGGUAGCAGACAGCACAACAGACUCCGCCCUCACCAGUGCCAGCCAAUCACUAAGCAGCCAAUCCUUGUCUCUGACCUCCACAGCCAAUCAGCCUAAGGACACUGGUUCCAGUUUACUGGGCUCUAUUUGUUUGUCGUCCAGCUCCCCGUCGCCGGCCUUUUACAGCGAGGCCAAAACGGUGAGCAGCGGCAGCCUGCUGAACGGGCCGCUGUCCUACUCGCAGUCCUCCGACAGCAUCAAGCCCCAGGAGCCUCUGAGCAGCCUGAAGUCCAUGGCCGAGCGAGCAGCACUCAGCUCAGGGAUGGAGGGAGACGUGCCCUCUCUGCACCUCACACCAGUCUCCGUCUCCUGUUUCUCUUCAGACAUCUUCCCCAGCAGCACUACGGCCCCCUCGGGCCCCCCGUCAGCACCUCAGCUCUCGCUGUCAGAGGUCAGCAUCCCCCCGUCACUGGGGGUUUGCCCGCUGGGGCCGGUUCCCCUGUCCAAAGACCAGCUCUACCAACAGGCCAUGGAGGAGGCGGCGUGGACGCACAUGCCCCACCCGUCCGACUCCGAGAGGAUCAGGCAGUACCUGAUGAGGAACCCGUGCCCCACCCUGCCUUUCCACCACCAGGUGCCACCGCCUCACUCAGACACUGUAGAGUUUUACCAGAGGCUUUCCACGGAAACCCUCUUCUUCAUCUUUUACUACCUGGAGGGCACUAAGGCCCAGUAUCUGGCAGCCAAAGCCCUGAAGAAGCAGUCAUGGAGGUUCCACACAAAGUACAUGAUGUGGUUUCAGAGGCACGAAGAACCCAAGACCAUCACGGAUGAGUUUGAGCAGGGAACGUACAUUUACUUUGACUAUGAGAAAUGGGGCCAGCGGAAGAAGGAAGGCUUCACGUUUGAGUACCGGUACCUCGAGGACCGAGACCUCCAGUGACCUGCAGCGAGACGGACGCAGACGAACGAACAGCUGAGGAAGUGAGAGAGGGACAGACGGAUGAAGAGCAAACAACAUGAAGAAGGGUGCUCCGCCUGCUGACAUUCCUGGAUUUGACCUCGGCUCGUCGGGGAGAUGUUGGGGUCGGAGGGGGGGCGAGCGGGUUUUGCAGAGGCUCCUUUACAACCCCUCCCUCCCUCCAACCCUCCAACCCUGCCUCAUCAUCCUCACCCCGGCAGUGAUUACUCCUCCCACCCUGUCAUCCCUCCUCCUCCUCCUCCUCCUCCUCUUCCUCCACCCCUCCAUCAUCAGGUCUUUUUAUUUCUAUAUUUUCCUGAACUGGAAACAAAACCAACAAGACUCUGGUUUGUUUUGUCAGAUAAGACACAGAUAAGAACCACACCUUAUAAUCAGACUAUCGUGUGCUUUCCCCCCCCUCUGUGUUAUCUUCUUAUGUUGGCUUUAAAAAAACCUUAGCUUAUAUUAGCCCCUUUAAGAACCAAAGAUAAUUGGUUAAUUAUACAGUACAGCCUCGGUCCCCUCUCUAGACAGACUCCUCAACCACGCACUCUAAAUCGGUGUUGUGUCUGGAGCAGCGAUCCAGCAGCAGGGCAGGAUGAAGAAGUGAAAAAUGGGACUUAAGUUUUGUGAAUCCAGCGAUGAAUAAGGAGGCGAUGGUCAGAGGGGAACUGACUCGAGAUCAACUACAGGAACUUUACGACCCGUAACGUCUAGGCUCAGCCUCGUUUUUCAUUAUAUUUUACAAACCUUUGGAUAUGUACUCCAGUGCUGCCAGUUUAUUAGGUACACCUAUAAACCGGCAGCGGAGUGAACAUUAUUGAAAAGGCGACAGCGCUUUUGAAACCUCAGAUAAACGUCGUUUUUUUUAUAUCAUUUUGUCAGUGGUGCUAAUAUGAACUUUUGUUUUGCAGUUAUAUUUGGUGACUUUUAAAAAGUCUGUACCAUUAAAUUAAUCGAGUAACGGCAACCAACCGCAGCAGGAGGUCUAGACCGGCUCCGGACCAGAGCAUUGUUCAGGCUGCCGGUCUCGCUCCCUCUCUCUGCUCCGUACCAUCAAAACAAAAUCUGAGUCAACAGUCGCUUCCAACUUUUUUUUUUUUCUUCCAUAAAGUAACUUUGUGGUAAACAUACCUACGCUAACCAAACGCUGCUGGGAGAUAUAGUUAAACUGUUAAUGGACUCUCGAGGCAACAAAAGACCUGAACUUCCACAUCUAAACACGCGUCCUCCAUUAUUAAUUGUAGUGUUUCUUUCCCCCUCGAGAGUAUGUCAACUUGGAUAUAGUACCGCCUCCUGAGUAGUGCAGAGAUUUAGCUUCAGGAACUCGCCCCGCAAAGAAGCGGUGAGCGGGGGAGCACAAUUGAAACAAAAGCAGAGCCUAUGACGACAGCUACACCUUAAAGGGAUAUUUCAGGUCUUUGAAGUAGUCUGAGAUACUUCUCCAUAGUCUGUAUUACCUACAGUAGAUGAUGGUCAGCACGCCUCCAGCAAAACCUAUUUUAGACACCUAAAAGAAAGGCCCACCUAAAAAAAAUCAAUUUCCGUUUAAGUGUCCGCUAUAUUUAGAAUCUUUUUGCCAGUUAACUUUGCCGUGAGACAGCUAUAUAGUCUGUGUUUCUAUCUCUGCUCUCGCCAAAGCAACCACACUCCAUUGGGAAAAAAAGUCAUUUUACCUGGCAGAACAUGGAGGUUGCUGGUCUAGCGCUGCCUCCAUCUGUUAGUUUAUUUGUGUUAUUGUCUGACUUUAGUUAGUUCAGAUUUACCAAAGUCACACAACAGCACAAACAAACGAACCAAUCGAGGCCGCGGUAGACCAGCAACCCUCGAGUUCUGCGAGGUAAAAUUAUAGUUUUUUUUUCAGUGGAGUCUGGUGGCUUUGGCGAGAGCACAGAUGGAUACAAUGUUCCCUUUCAGAAAGGGCUGUCUGAUGGCAAGGUAAAGAAAUGAAAAUAAUCUAAAUAUAGCAUACACAUGUACAGGUUGGCCUUUCUUUUAGGUGGCUAACAUACUGCCAUGCGGUAACUCCUGUCAGUCUUCUACUGUAGGUAAUACACCGACUAUGGAUAAGCACCUCAUACUAUCCCACUUCAAAACACACAUACUACCUUUUACUUUAAGUUCCGGGUCGUUGAGUUCCUGUAAGUGUUGUUUUCUCUUGUAAGUUUCACCUCUAAACAAAUCGGCCACAAACUGAAUGAGGUUUUGUGCGAGACUCAGGUCAAAAAAACACGAUGGACCCUGCGUUCUGACGUCCCCGUUGGCUGGUUAAUGUGAUUUUUUGGUAGGAAAUGGUAGCUUAAAUAAGGCCUUGUUGAGCUUCAUCGUCUCAACACGAAAGAGCCUUACAACCAGUAAGCCUGCCUCUAGUGUGCAGCGGCUCGGCCUUCACUUAACCUGACUACCAACACAUUCACCAAGGUGGAAAAUAAACACCACCACCACCAGCCAGCCAGCCAAAUGUGGGUAAACGUUGGUCGUAGGUGGCACCACAGGCCUCUUUGUUGUAUUCUUGUGGAGUGGUAGAAGUGGCUGGUUCGUUUUGUUGCAUUGUGUAAAAAUAUCCUGCCCUGCCUCCUCCCAUCGAGCCGCAGUGGAGGAUUGUGACAACACAGCCGGGAGAGGUGUUGGUAGUAACUGCCUUUUACCUGGUGGGCAGUGUUAUGUCACAGCACUUUUACAGGAAAAGGGAUCCUACUUGGAAAAAUUAGAAUAUGUGUCAGAAUUUUGUUUGAAAAUCUGCGUUUGGCCCCUCGAGCUUUCACAAAGUCUGUGUCUUGUUUCUUUAAAUUAAAAAGGUCAGUUCACCUUAGUUACAUAAAAAAAUCAUUUUUCUCUCGUAGUGUCUAGUCAUACAUCUAGUUUUGGUUUCAUUUGAGGUGUUUCAGAGAUUGCUGCCUCCACUCCAACACAUUGGAGGGCAGUUGGGGAAAUAAUUGCUUUCUUGGAAAGCAAGGUCGAUGAGAGGAUCAAUAGCACUCUCAUGUCUGCACGUUCAAUAUGAAACAGCAGCCAGUUAGCUUAGCAUAAAGACUGGAAACAGGGAGACAGCUAGCCUGGCACUAUCCAAAGGUAGCACAAUUAGCUUCACUAAUUAACGUGUACUGUUUGUUUAAUACGGUGUGGAAACAAGAACUUGAGGGUUAUGUGUCGGACUACUUCUUGUGAAAUUGUCCCACACAUGACUCCCUGUAAAGCCACAAGUAAUUGUUGUUUUUACAUUUUUUUUUAAACAUUCCCUCGUUUCCAGCCUUUUGUUGCGGCGGCGAUCUUUUCCUCUAAAGGCCAAGAAACACCAACCCCGACAUCAAGAGAACAAGCAGCGGCGAAGGCCGACUGUUGCGUCGCCUCACAUCGCCUUUGUCUCGGCCAAAACGUUGCACUCGACUACAGCCCACACCCAACUGCCACGUACGUUCUGUGCCUGCAUGAGACGAAAUAACUCUCCACACCAGCAGGCGGCGGUAGUCUGUAUUCGUCAUUCAAAAAAGAGAAACCGGGAGACGGCGGAUAUAUAAGCCGUUGUUACGAUACGUUCGUGAAAUAAAGCAGCGUCCGCCGACCGUUUUCACACCUUACUCGUCGGCUUGCUUUCCUCACACCCGUUUCUCUUCUCGUGCUCAUCGACGGGCUCCGCCGCCGGGUCAACGUGCUGAAUCGACUGUUAAAACUCCAACGUGAGCUGACGGUGCGGGACGCACGGCAAAAACUAGAGCCAACAGACGCUCACCGACGGCCCCGAACUGUCCGACGGCUGACCGUCGGCUUGGUGUGUCUGGGCCUUAACUCUCGGGCAAGAAAGCAAAUAAAGGUAUUUCCCAUUGUUAAUGAAUUGGUAAAGAUUACAUCUCAUCAUGUCUUAACUAACAAUCGUUGCGUCUCAAACCUGGACAAAUAACUACCUGCGUGACCAGACACGACUAGAAGUGAGAAAAUGUUGCUGUCAGUAUUUUUUUUUGGUGAACUGAUGGUUUGACACGAAACGCUCCAGCAGUGAUCACUGUGAGCGUCGUGGGUGUUGGAUGCUACCAGCAGCUGGAUGGACAGUUUGUUAGUCUCCCACCAGCCUCCCUCUCUUCCUCCCUUCCUUCCUCCCUCCCUCCCUCCCUCCUCUUCUUCUCUUUGUGCUGAAGAGCACAAACUGAGCAACACCAGCACUGCUGCCCACAUCUCCUCUGUCCUCCAGCUCUCUGCUUCAUGUUUCCACACCGAAGGGUUCGACUGGGCACACAAUAAACACACACACACACACACUGCCCGGUUCUCACAACCAACAAGCUUUUUCCACAUCCUGAACUCUGCUGCCAACACACAGCAGCUUAUUAUUUCCUUUAUUUUGUUAUUUUUUUUAUCACCCUGAUUUUUGAUUUUCUCACUCGCUUCCUCCUUUCCGGCCAGCUCCCCCCUCCUCCUCCUCCUCUUCCUCCUCUUCCUCCUCCUCCUCCUCCCCCUCCUCCUCCUCCUCUUCCUCUCUUCAUGCCAGGUAGAUAUUUCCUUUAUUUCUCAGGAAGUAUUUGAUAGAUCAUUUUAUGAGGAAAUGUAUCCGCCAGCAGCUCCCGUCACCACAGCACAACAACAGCUAAAUAAUCUUCCCCCGACACAUUCGCACCAAAAUUGAAAUCAUCAUUUGGGAACCUCUUGACCUGCCAGUGGCCCGUUUCCAUUUCACACAAAAAAAAAAGGCUUUUUUAAAAAUGCAAAAAUUAUCCUCCAAUGUUUGGAGCAGCACCUGGAAGAGAGACCAUCUUUAUAUUUUGUGUUUGUUGGGUUUAAUAGAGUAGUAGUAUUUUUUUUUUUCAGAGAUGGGGAAAGCAUUUUAAAACCCAGAGGAGAACGAAGACCCCUGUUCUUUUUUUGAAAGAGCAGUAACUUCUCAAGAGGAGUGUGGGGUGUUUUUAUAGCCGAGCAGACCGACAGACAGACUACACGUAUUCACUUGACUGACAGUCCUGCUUUUAACCUUUUUUGUUUUUGUUUACUUUUUUGACAAGCGGAAGGGAUGAGAGGUCAAUCCGAGAGCCGAAAUGUGAAUCUCUCUCUGCCCCUUGACGAAACUGUUGUAUAGACUCUCAUUCUUCAAACCUCUCCUUUUGGUUUUGUUUUUUUUGUUUUGUUUUUUUUGUUUUUGUUGUUGUUGUUGUUGUUGUUGUCGUCAGACAGCAUGGAAUAAUGACACUUGCAAAGUGGCGCUGAAAAAGUAAAUAAUGACAUAACCAUGAAUAAAGGAUUGUAAAAUAUUAAUAAAAGAAGUACUUUUCAGAAAAUUGCA